AUGAUAAAUCAAAGUACAUAUGUUCGACUAUCUGUACUGGUUGGCCGGGAGAAGCUUUCGGCUAUCUGUUUGAUGCAAAAUUUUGUUCACCUGAAAUCACUUGAUAAGGAUUUGGCUAAGAAAUGGAAGCAAAUAAUAUUGAAUAACUCGUUCAUUACACCAUUGGAGCACUGUGAAUGGCUAAAUAAAUUGUUGACAGAAAUCUGGCCUAACAAUUUUAACCCCAAGCUUUCAUCAAGGUUAAAGUCUAUAGUCGAGGUGAAACUCCAUCGCCUCUGCUCCAUUCUAUUCGACAUACUUUCCAGAAACCAAGACUUCUUGAAAGAUUGGGCAUCUAGGCUUCCUUCGAGUAAGUUUGAUUCAUACUUCGAUUGGGCAUUUGGGCCUCCUUCGAUAAGCAUUCAAGGCAACCACUUCAAGGUCCAGCACACAUUCCAGCCUCCAGCCAGGCCAUGA